AUGUUUGGUGAUCAGAAGAAAGAACAGCAGAAGCAAAGCAAGCAGCAAGAAAUAGCGGGCAAGAAUCAACAGGUGAUAAUUCUUGCUAGAGAACGUUGUUUAAAUCUUGAACUUUCAGAUAUCCCUGUUCAGAGCCUUGUGCCAGAUCCAUUAAAGGUUGUUAUGCAAGCUGGUGAUGCUGAGCUUGAAAUGCGAGGAAGGUGCAGUGCAGGUCAAAAGAUUGGAAUUAGCAGAAACCUUUUGCCUUAA